UACUAGUUGUUGCACGACAGCGAUCCUCAGCUGGAAUGCUGGGCCGAUCAACCAUUCCCUAUAUAACGGAUAGGUCUGACACCUUAGCCGUACCACCGCUCGUUGUCUUAGUGCAACCCAGGGAGUUAUCGUCUCUCUUAAUUAGACAGGCAGCCAUAGCACGAUCGACAUAUUAUCGUCUUCCUAGGCUUGACAGAAAGUCCACAACCUUACUUUGACCGGAUCCUCGCAGACAAUGCAUCUACUUGGGAACUCGAUCGUAAUAGGGGUCUUCGCUGCCCUGGCAAGCCAGUCCGUACUUGCAGGACCCGUUGGACAUGGAUCGAGCUAUGUCGGCGGGAUACCGAUGCCGUAUGAUUUCAAGAGGUUCGAAUAUACAUAUCAUAGAAAUAUCAGAGCGUCCCUGGGUCUCCGCGGUUGUACGAGGAAAAGCAUCGCCGUUCGCAAGUCAUGGGAUAACCUCGAUGAAGCGACAAGAGCAGAUUAUCUACGCGCAGUAAAAUGUCUGGCGGCUAAACCACCAACGAUGGACACGAGUCUAGCGCCUGGCGCUGUCAACCGGCUAGAUGACUUCACUUACAUCCACAUUAACCAGACUAACAUAAUCCACCAAUCAGGCUACCUUCUACCGUGGCACCGUCUGUUCCUCUGGCAAAUGGAGCAAGCGCUGCGCAAUGAGUGCGGGUAUAAGGGGCAUCUACCUUACUGGGACGUUCCGCGGUUCUCGGAAGACCAGACUAAGUCCAAGGUCUUCGAUGGUUCAAUGACAUCUUUUGGUGGUAACGGCGCUCCGGUACCUCAUAAGGCUCAUAAAGUCACCCUUCCUGGGUUGAUCAUAGCUAAUUUCUCACUACCAAUGCCCGCCGGCACGGGAGGUGGCUGCGUCACGGAUGGCCCCUUUAAGGAAUUCACAAUCAGCUUGGGUCCCGUAGCGAAGGAGAUUAUCGACCCAGCUAACAAGUACGGGUAUAAACCUAAUAAGCGAUGUCUGUCUCGGGAUUUCUAUGACCCUGCAAGCAAAGGCGUCCUGACAUGGGCCAACGCGACAACCAUCGUGGCAUCCAAGAACAUCAAGGAACUUAGGAACAAUAUAGAGGACCUAUGGCAUCUGAAUUCGCACACAUUCGUAGGGAGCGAAGCGGCAGAUCCGUUUAGCACGCCUAACGAUCCGGUCUUCUAUCUUCUACACGCGCAGAUUGAUCGCCUGUGGGCGAUAUGGCAGGGCCAAGACCUACAAGGAAGGACAUACGCGAUCGACGGGAAUAGGACAUUCUUAGGUCUCGCCCUCGACUACGCGCCGGACGUACCACGAAGUCUGGCAACGAUAGAGGACAAAAUGGACAUGGGCUUGGGCUGGAACCCUAAGACCAAGGAAGGGAUGCCGGCGACGGAAUUCGGACGAUGUUAUUUAUAUGAAUAGACCUUGGCGAGAUUUAAUAAUUUUCUUUUGUAAUAGAUCUAAUAUCCGCUAGAUGGGUCCUUAUGAGACAUGACUUAUAAUACAAUAGAAGCUAG